AUGGAGCGAAUGUCGAAACAGCUCGUCUUAUCAACCCAGAGCGGUCGCUUGAAGCCAGAUGUGCGAUUGGGGUUUGCAGUCUCGGAAUUCGCCCAGACCCUAGAUGACGAUCGGAAAAGAGAAUUCCAGAAGAUGCAAUCGGCCGGGACACAGCUGUCUGGACGGGAUGCUAUACGUUUGACCGAAGAAUUGAACCAAGAUAGCGAACGAAGACACUGCACCUGGCGACCGUACGGUACAAAAUGUGGGAAAUUCCUGGAUCGACUUCAGGCUCUGGCGAACAUCGGGGAUGUAAUGAUUGGAGGCUCUCAGAAUGUGAUCGCCACGAGUAUUUGGUGCGCUGUCAGGCUGGCUCUGCAGACCGCCACGAAUUUUCGCGGCUACUUUGAGCGACUUUCGAGCCUGUUCUUGAAACUCGGCACCUCUUGGGAGCUUCAUCACGAAUUCGCCCAGAUUUUCCCCCAGUCCGAAGUCCUUCAGACCUUCCUAUGCGAAUACCUUAUAGUCCUCAUGCGACUGUGCCGAAAGACUGUCAUAUUCAGUCAAAAACCUCUUACGGGCCAGCUGUGGUCAUCACUCGGAGCAUCUUUCGAUUCCGAGUUCAAACCAUUACAGGAAGAGAUGGACAAGUGGGGCAUGAUGAUUCAACAUAAAACCCAACAGCUCGCCACCGCGUGCGUAGUCGAUGCUGAUAAGUUCAGAAGGAGGGAUUAUAAACAGCGCGUGCUCCAUCUCCUCUCACCAAAUCAAUCCCAGCAUGUCACCACUUGGAGGCGACACCGGCGGAAGGGAGAUUGCAAGUGGAUAUAUCAAUCCGCGGCCUACAAGUCUUGGAUAGCGGAAGACGCGUCUUCUACCAUGUGCGUCAGUGGCAAACUUGGCAGCGGCAAGACAGUUACGAUGGCCAAUAUUGUGGCUGAAAUAAGUAUGCACCUGCCUUGCGGCUUUUUCUUUUGCACCUUCAAGGAGCCAGAGAGCCUAAAGGCCACAACUGUGCUAGGAAGCAUAGCAUUUCACCUUCUGGACAAUAUACCAAGCAACAAAGCCACUUGGGACAUCCUCUCAAAACGAGAGGAGACUGCUUCGCUAUUGCUCACAAGCAUUGGGAUCAUCAACAUCAUGACAGACCUUCUUCCAGAAGACAAAAAGUAUGUCGUGGUUUUGGAUGGGCUCGAGGACUGUCCCAAUGAUGAGAUGAUCGAGGUUAUGUCGGGCCUGCACCGCUUCAUGGCACAACGCAGUGUUCUAUUGUGCUAUGCUGCUCGCUCAGGAUCAAUGCUCCAACGUCUAACAGUCCAGAAAUUAGCUACGAAGUUUUUUCUAAGCCUCGAUGAGCAGAUGCAUCACGAGGAGAUAGAAGCGUAUAUCACCGAAGAGGUAGCGCGGCGGAGAUCCAAAAGCCAUCCUGGACUCCUCAGCGAUGAUCUUGAACAGUUGGUCAAGAAACAGCUUAUGGCUGGUGCGCAGGGAAUGUACUUGUGGGUAGCCCUGCAGCUCGACUCGAUCUUCCCCAACCAGUCACGGACAGUGGUUACGAGCGAGAGGAUCUUGAACUUGAUCAAUAAUCUUCCAAAAGACCUACCCGAAGCCUUCGAGAGAGCUCUUGAGGAGAUCGUCGAUGAUCGCUAUGGAAACUCAAUUUUGAAGAUCGUUAUGGCUGCUCGGUUGCCACUUACCCUCGACGAGCUCAAAGUGGCCCUAACUGUGCACCCUGGAGAUCCAGUCUGGUAUGCAGCCGAAGUUCCAACAGACGCACCUCAGCUGAUUGCACUUUGUGGCGGCAACCUGCUAGAGCUAGACGAAGAGGACGGAAGAGUUCGAUUCAUACACUACAGUGUGGUCAAUCACUUGCUCCAGACAACUAAAAACCCUCACACCAUUCUCUAUCACUUCUCCACGCAAGAAGCUGAGAUCCUAGCAGGUGCCAUUUGUGUUACAUUCUUAAAUAUGCCUAUUUUCGAAACGGGUAUCACAGUGACUAGAAAAAUUACCGGAGAGAAACUCACUGAAAAGGUGAUAGGGGCAGCAAACCACCAGCAGCCCUUUCUAUCACACAUUGUACAACAUUUCAAGAAGGGCCACCGCCAGUCAAUGUCAACCGCUUUCGACAUCGGACGCUUGAUGGCGGAGAUACAAGCAGCCGGCAUGGCAAAAUUCGACCCACGCUGCUUUCAGGUCUAUGCCUCGUCGAAUUGGCUGACCCAUUCCCAAUUCUUUGAGAAGAGCAAUCCGGUGUGUAUGGAGAUUUGGCCCCACUGGACGAGGUUGCUGUGUGGUGAAGUACAAGUGGCUACCACUCCUUUCCAAAACCCUGUGGAAGAGCCUUGGCCAGCGUUGUCUUGGGCGCUCAUGAAUCAUCACAACCCCCUGUUUCACACAAUUCUCGAAAACCCAACUACUGAGCCACACAAGAGUGAGACACUAUCACUGGGGAUCAUCGCUCUCACCUCUCCAUCCUCUGAAGAGACGUACGACCGCUUCUGUCUGGGCCUCCUCCUGGCCCAUUCCCUUCAGUUAGCUGUUGACUUUUUGCAUCACGGGUCGAACAAUGAGGAAAGCUCCGGCACCACAGGAAACGUCGUUGUUUCAAAUUCCCUACGGCGGCCCUGGCAGUUGAAGUAUCAAGCUCUAAUGGAUCUUCUGCGCUUGGGAGCAGAUCCUGCGGUUCCUCAUUCUAGAAAUGGAGACAACAUUGUCAAGAUGCUGCUCACAACGCUUGGCCGCAUCUCCGAGAAAACGACGGAAGGGUCUCAGCUGCUUGAUUUCCUUAAGCGGGUCUUGGCACAUGAGAACGCGGCACAAUUGCUUCAGUCUGCUUGGGUACCAUACUUGCUCCGAGGGAUUCUUGAGAACGACAAUUUUCAGGCCUUUUCGCAAAUUAUGCUAUACCGCCCAAAGGUAUCGCUACCAGCCCACGAAGAUUCGCUCAUCAGUGUUUUGGUUGCCAGAGGCAAUGCUGAAGCAGUCAGAGAUUUGCUUAAGGGUUGGCCGGAUCAACGUCUUCCCUCUUAUAUACAUGGUAGAGUAGCGAUACACCUGGCGCUCGAGACUCAGAAAUACGACAUGCUGGUACUCUUUGCCCAACAUCAGGGCCUGGAUCGUCCUUACAAAGACGGAUGCUCAUCAGUGCCUCUUCUAGAGACAGCGCUCGAGCGCAUGACCGCGGAUUGGGUCGAAAACCUGCUUCAGCUGGGUGCUGACCCAAAUCUCGGCUACUGGGUCGUUAUCACAGAUUCAAUCCUCAAACCUGGAUUUCUCUACCACUUGCAAAUUGCUGCAGCGAGAAACCAGACCCGCAAAUUUUUAAUUCUCGUUCGCUAUCACGCGGAUACUUCCCUACCUGCUUUCCCCACCAUCAGCAACAUCGUUGCCCAACGUGGCAACCGAGUACUCAUGGCCAAGCUGAAGGAGAAAGGAUCCUUUGAGCCAUCUGGGGCUUUGCUUGAACGAGCUGGGAACGAUGUACACCCAAAUGCACUCCUCGAGGCGUGUCAGAUACUUGCCGAGGAUAUGGGUGAAGAUCAAACCUUCGAGGAAUUUGGAUUAGGCGAGUCGUUUGAUAUCAGGAUAGCCGACAAGCCAGAAGAAUUGAAGCUUAUUAUCCUGGAACUUGUCAAGACAACUCCAUCUGCUUGGCAUGACGCCCGUUGUCGAAAGGGAAACACUGCACUGCACUAUCUCACAGGUGGCAUGAAAAUUUUCCAUCGCCAAGCACUCGACGUUGCUUCUCACCUUAUGACUGUCGAACGGAUGAAGUCCUGGGUUUCGUUUAUUAACGAGGAAGGUCAGACGCCAUUGCAUUAUGCGAUUGAGAAUGGGUCUCUAAACGGCUGGUCUCUGCCAUACCUCGACAGCAUUUGCUUUCUUUUAGCCGAUGUUAGACCAGAAGUUGGCUCCGCCGGGUCAUUAAGCGGAGGGGACCGCAACGUCCUCGCAUUUGCCAUUCGGAGACUGGCACCAGUCAAAGCUGUCAUCAUUCCCCUCCUCAGCGCGGGAAUAGAUCCGAAUGCAACCCUGGACGGCGCCACGCCGCUUGAGAUCGCGGUGAAUACACAUUCUUUCGAAUACGCGUCCACUGUAACAGUGUGCCUCUUAUCACGUGGCGUUGAUCCGUCAGUGAAGUGCUCACAUGAAGGCAACAUACUGGACAUUGUGUUCGCGGACAGGCGACAGUGGCUGCAAGACAUGCUCUCAAGUGUCCCAGGCACAUACGCCAGAACAUUGGGUCCGGACACGAGGUCCGUCUCCAGCGCGAAGCGAUACCAGCACGAGAGCUGUGUACAGUGA